AUGGUAAGUGAAAGAGAUGUUUUCAAAUUUCCCUUUGAUUCAUUAACUGAGGAUAACGUGAAUUCACUACAACCAACUAUCAACGAAUUUUAUAAUUCUAUUCCAAAUAACCAGGAAAUAACUUUGGCACAACAGCAACAGGCAAUAGCUAAUUUUUCUCCAUAUGUGAAUCCAAAAAGUAUGCAUCCCAAGUUUGGGUCUUAUAGUCCAAUGGAUUGGACAACAGAAACUAUGUUACAUCUUUUGCAUACCACUAAUGAUGGAAGGUACAUUUUAGCUGACUAUAAACAAAAUGAUGGAUUUCUUUCUGAUGACUCACAGAAUUUACUUACUCAACUACUAAUCAAUCAUCUUUUUCAGGAUAAUAGCAAAGGCACAGAUUUUUUCUUUAGAAAAAUUGCAGAUUUAAUCGUUGAAAUUUUUCCUAAAGAACAAAAGAGCAUAUAUUUCAUACCAGCUAAAUCGGAAGGGCAUCAACAAACACACGCUAAAGGAAAGCUUAUUGAGCGAUGGAAGAAUGUUGCCCGGCGAUUAAGAUCUAUUGGAGCUAUUAAGUUUGAAAGAUAUAAUAAAAAAGAAAUAGUGACUAGCAGUUCCCCCAUUAUUAUAUCUGAUGAAGUUCGUACUGCAAAAAAAUGGCUAGAGACUGAUGGACUCAAUGCUGAUUUUCAAUUAGUUAAACAAAACUGGGCCCUAACUUAUGAGAUAAGAAGAAAAGAAAAUUUAGAUUCACAAGACCGUUUUUUAUCAAAUAUUUUUUUGACUUGGCCAAUUUUACAAGGACCAAAAGGAUAUGAGCUAAUUGUUGAAGAUUUCAAAAUUGCAUUUCCUGAAACUCAUUCCUUGUAUUCAGAAUGGAAUGACUUUUUAAAUGCAUGGGAAACAUUUUCAAAACGCUUAAUUAAUAUUCGAAGAAGCUCAGUUAAGGAUAAACAUGCUCAGGCUCUACUAAGUAAAUUAGACACUGCAUGCCUAGAUGGAGAUUCAAGAACUUCAAAUAUAAUUAAAAUACUACUGCUACCAUUCCUUGUACCUACCAAAACACAAAUAAAAAAUAGUAACUCUAAAGCAAACUCCAAAUUUUGGAAGCCAUCAUUAUCCGAAUCAGUCUCUGCGUUUGCUAUACAUGUGACUAACAUGGUAAAAUUUCAAGAGGAUUUGACACAAAGGCAAGACAGGUACUCGCAAUAUGGAUCGUCAAUUCAACCAUUUAUGACCUUUGUCGGUGAAGAUAUUCAAUCCAUACAUACAUGUUAUGUCCGUGUAAACCAAAAAUUUUGGCAUUUUGAGUGUCCUUUAAAAACUCUAGAGGUUUGUUUCAAAUCAUAUUUCGUCUUCCAUUGUAUUUAUCCUAAAGAAUGUUAUGAUUCAUGGCUGAUUAUACAAAAGCAUUUAUUUAAGUUGAAUACAGAGUAUGAUAAACAAACUUCUAUCACAACUACAGUAUCUGCCAAAAUGCAAUCAUUUGAAGUACCUAUAUAA